CUUCCGCCUACCUCCCUAUCUACCUCCCUCUCUUCUUCCAUUCUUCCCUCCCUCCUUUUUGUAUAAGCUGUCCUUGAUGCUGGCAGGCAGACUGCUGCCUAGUGACGGAGAAAUGGAGAGAGUGGGAGGGAGGGAGAGAGAAAAAAGAGAGAGAGAGAGAGAGAGAGAGAGGUAUGCAGAGCAAGAAGAGUGAAUAGAAGGCAGCUUCAGACACAAGCAGGAAGAGAGAGGAGAGAGGAGAGGAAAGAGCAAGAAGAGGAAGAACCAAGCAGAGGAAGAACCAGAGAGGGGGAGAGAGAGGACGGGAGUGAGAUAGAGUGUGAGAGAGAGAGAAAGAGAGAGAGAGCGCAAUCAGGGACGAGAGGUGUGAUCAACUGAGGAUAACAGAAGGAAAAAUUAACAGAAUAGAUUAAAAGAAGAAACGCAGGAAACAAAAAACCGAGAGCCAAAGGAAUUAAGCAAGAAGCACAGAUAGAUAGAUAUAGAUAGGGGGGAGCGAGGAAGAGAGCUAGGGAGAGAGAGCGUGUGUACAUGCAACUGUGUGGGUAGGCUGAGUGCAGCAUUUUGCUGACUAGCGGUGAGCCAGCAGUAGCUCGCUGUAGCUUAGCCUUGCAGACACCUUGACGAGUGCAGGCAGUCAGGGACAGGCUGGCAACCUGACAGAACUACAGCCCCCAGCAGUCUCAGACCGAACUAGCCUGUCCUUUACCGUGGAUAUGAGUCCUGUGUUACACUGGGAGUUGCAGUCCGUCUGAGAGUCGAGAGGCAGAGAAGGUGAUGCCAAUGGGCCAAGACAACUGAGUGUCAGCCAUCAGGAAGAGAAAUAUAACGUUCUGGCUCGUAAUGUCUACCACCCUGGAUGACACAGAAAACGUGUUUGACCUGAACGAGGCCAUCCCAGAGACAGAGCUAUUGGACAACAGCAUCCAAAAGGGGCGGGCCCAGCUGUCCGUCAAGUCGCGGAGGCAGCGGCCCUCACGGUCCCGUUACCGUGACAGCGUCAGUUCCACAGAGGGGGAUGACAGCUUAGAGAGGAAGUACCAGGACAGCCCCUUACACUCGGCUCGCUCUCCACUCCAAUUGGCCACAACCGGCUCCAUCCCUUCCCCUGAUUCGUUGCUCUCGUCAAGAAGUACUGCGUUCUCAUUCGACAGUCCCCUGGUGCGUCGCUCAGCAGAGGAUGGAGGUUCGUCAUUGGCUGCCACGCCACGCAGGCGGUACCGGCAACUGACCAAUGCCACGUCUCAGGAGGCCUUGGUCACACCCUCCAGCUCACCGUCAAAGUCCUGCCCCUCCUCUAACUGCUCCCCUGUUUACAUGAGGAGGAACAAGAGACCUGACAGCGAAGUAUUGGUGUCAGAUACUAGCCCAGCUGACCCCGGUAGCCCGACUGUUAUCUUUGACAAGAAGACCAAGAGACGCUUCCUGGAUCUGGGUGUGACUCUGAGGCGCUCCUAUGUCCGGGUGAGGAAAGAUAAAUCCAACAGGCUGUCUGUGGGCAGCAGGGAACCGUCGGAGAGCCCGUCACGGAUGUCCGCCACCUUUGUACCGUUCUCCUGGUUCACAGAGAGUCGGGGGUCCGUUUCGUCAACUGGUACCCCACCCUGCUCCCCCAAAAUAGCCCCCCUCGGCACACAAAGCCCCUGCAAGUCUAACUCACAGGAGUCGGCUCUCAGUGAGGAGUUCUCCCCCCGGAGCCCCGCGGAGGACACCACCACCCCUCCGCUAGACCCCUGCUCCUCCUCCCGCUCCUCACACCCCUACCAAACGCUGUCACAGUCCUCCGACGAGCCCUUUGAGGAGCCCACGUGCGCCGUGUCGUCGUGGACCACCCAGCAGGUUUGCCAGUGGCUGCGAGGGCUCAGCAUGGAGCAGUACGUCCCUGAGUUCACCGCCCACGACGUGGACGGCCGACAGCUCCUCCAGAUUGACAGCAACAAGAUGAAAGAACUUGGUGUGAACUCUUCCGACCGCACCACACUGAAGCGUAGAAUCAAAGAAAUCCACACUGCGGUGGAGAAAGAACGCAAAGCUUUGGAUAAAUUUGAGAAACAGAAAGAGAAACAGCAGCGCAAAAAAGACCAAGAACAGCGCAGGAAUUAGGCACUGCCACCAGAGGACGACCAAUUACAAUUUAUAAACCCAGGCGAUUGAACCGAUGUCACUGAAGAAUAUAGAAGCUACCGUUUACCAUUGAACAUGAAUGUUGGGUUAUUUAUGUUUCAGCCAUGCAGCUUCUGGACGAAACAAGCUAUCAUUUUGAAACAUUAUAUUGCUAAUAUGGUAAAACAAACUAAACACAAAUGCUACAUAAAAAUAUGGGCACCUGCAAAGUCAAACAUAAAAUAUGAAUUUAAAAACUCAUUACUUCGAUGUAAGAAACAACAGCACACUCAGUGGUGUGUUUAGAUGUUCUGAAAUUACAUCAAAUAGGAAAUAUGAUAUCAUGUAAUAAGCAGGCUGUUACACGCUGCAGAAUGAACCCCCUGAACUUGGACGCCAUUUUUAAUAAUGCAUGGGUGUGGAAAAAAUAGGCUAUUCAUUUUUUUCUUAAACUUUAUAGGUGUGGCUUUGGAGAAGCAAAAAAACUAAUCAGUUUAUCUUUUGUGUGACCUUGACUCUGAUAUUGACCAGGUUUCUUAACCAUUCAACUGACAAGUGUCUUGUUUUGAAAGUGUUGGCGACAGCACCAAAGGGUUUGUUUUUAUAGAAAGAAAGAAAAAUCAGACUUGGCUAUAGCCUGUGAUAAGGUCUACCAGAAGAUUGUAUCGAUUUUGUAACCUUGGGUACAUUUUCUACAGACUCCUAAACACCAAACGAUCAGUUGCAAUACAAGUCAAAACCUAUCAUUUCAAUUU